GGGAGGUUUUCUAAGAUGGCAUUGCAGAAGGGAGUGUAGGGCCUUCUUCCCCCCCUGCAGCAGCAAUGUUGACGCGCGGAUGCUGCAAUGUGCAACGGCGGGCCUGAUAUUCUCUGCGGCGGUCUUCACGGGGUGCCUGACGAUGGAUUGGGUGAGCACGGCGCCCGGUGUGGAGCACUACCCCCACCACCGAUACUGGAACAUGUUCCGUAUCAAGGGCAAGAAGGAGCAGACCUACAGCCAGAUAUACAAGGACAUGUGUCUCCGGGGCCAGGCCAAGUUCGUGGCGGGCAUGUGCAUCUCGCCCCUCUGCAAGUACUACUUCUACGGCAAGUGCAAGGGGUACGAGAUCAUCUUCUACGGCAGCCUCAUCGGCAUCCUCUGCACUGUCCUGGGGGUCACGCUGCAGUGCGUCGGCACCAGCUGCCUCUGCAGCAGCAACAGCCGGUCGGUCAGCAUGGGUUUCCUUAUCGGGCUGCUGGGCGUGGUCCUCAACAUAGUCGCGGGGCCGCUCUUCCUCAUGAUGGUCAAGUCGGGCAUCGACUAUAUCAACGUCUACGGCAUCUACCCCUUCCCGGCGCCCGACAUGGGCUUCAUCGCAUGGCUGGUCGCCGUCAUGGCCGUCGUCCCCAGCGCCAUAUGUGCCUGCUGCUACAACACGGCCGUCCAGUGGGAGGCCAAGGAAGCCGAAAGUGACGAGGGGAGUGAAGAAUCCGACUGACUGACAGACAGACUACUAAGGUAGAGAGAUGCUUGAUGGCUGCAAGGGGCGAUGGAAAUAAUGAG